UUUUCUCUUAAGAGUUAUGUUUUUAUGCCUUUGGUGCUUUGGGUAUAUUCUUUUGCUUCGCUUCUCCAUGUAACAGAGGAAAAAAAAAAAUCUUUGCUUUUUAUCUUUUAUCUAAACUUCUCUUCUUCUAACUUGCAACAAUUUUCUCUUGGGGGAAUUUCUCUUUAAGCUUGUUGCUUCACAUUUUUAUGGGAGAUACGUUUAUUUCUCAUGAAUGCUGAUGAGGGGUUGGUGAAUGGUUGUUUGAAUCUGGUAUGCUUUCCUAGUAAAUACAGUGAAGAUGAUGGUGGGAUGAUAUGUUAUUGACACACUCUCCACAUAAAUGGAAAUAGAUUGUAGAAUCUAGACCCGAUUGAUUUCUUGAUUAUACUAUGUACUAGAUGGAAUAAAGUAGCUAGGAAAUCAUUACAACUUGGUUUUGCUAACUUCUUUAUAGGCAUUUGGAGAAUCUUUGGCUUUCAACGUGAUCUGUUGGAGGGAUAUUGUUAAACAGAAGCUAUCUGCUGUGACUUCUAAACAGCUAAUUUUCAUUAACUUUUAGGUGUAUUUAUAGUGAUCUCUGGACUUAAGGUUUAGUGGAGAUGUUUAAUUCACCUCAAGGACAUAAGCAGAGCCUCCAAAAAUCCAUGCGAAAAGUUUCACCUGGUGCCUCACAUAAAGAUUUGUGGCUUACUGUGCGAGAAGGGUCCUUGCCUGAUGUAGACUCAGUGUUGGCUCUAUUGAAGAAGGCUGGAGGUAAUAUCAAUUCAAGGAACAGUUUUGGUCUGACUCCUCUUCACAUUGCAACUUGGAGAAACAACAUUCCCGUUAUUCGAAGGCUUCUAGCGGCUGGUGCUGAUCCUGAUGCUAGGGAUGGAGAAUCAGGAUGGAGUAGCCUUCACAGGGCUCUGCAUUUCGGUCAUCUUGCUGUAGCAAGUGUUCUCCUUCAGUCUGGUGCUUCUAUUACAUUGGAAGAUUCAAAAUGUAGAACACCUGUUGAUCUCCUAUCAGGGCCUGUCUUGCAGGUUUUUGAAAGUGCACAGGAUUCAGUAGCUACUGAGGUGUUUAGCUGGGGAAGUGGUGUGAACUAUCAACUUGGAACUGGAAAUGCCCACAUACAAAAGCUACCUUGCAAACUUGAUUCAUUUCAUGGCUCAAAAAUUAAGUUGGUUUCUGCUGCCAAGUUCCACAGUAUAGCUGUUACGGCCCGUGGAGAAGUCUACACCUGGGGUUUUGGAAGGGGGGGCCGUCUUGGGCAUCCUGACUUUGACAUUCAUAGCGGUCAAGCUGCAGUUAUCACUCCCCGCCAAGUGACUUCUGGAUUGGGGGCACAUCGAGUGAAAGCAAUUGCUGCAGCUAAACAUCACACUGUAAUUGCAACUGAAGGUGGGGAUGUGUUCACUUGGGGAUCCAAUAGAGAGGGUCAGCUGGGCUAUACGUCUGUCGAUACCCAACCAACACCACGUAGAGUAAGUUCACUUAGAUCAAGAAUAGUUGCUGUUGCUGCUGCAAAUAAGCAUACUGCUGUUGUCUCUGCAUCUGGUGAAGUUUUCACAUGGGGUUGCAACCGAGAGGGUCAACUUGGCUAUGGCACAUCUAAUUCGGCAUCAAAUUACACACCAAGAAUAGUUGAGUACUUGAAAAGCAAGGUCUUUGUAGGUGUUGCGACCGCAAAAUAUCACACAAUUGUUUUGGGAGCCGAUGGAGAGGUAUAUACUUGGGGUCAUCGACUAGUCACACCUAGACGAGUUGUCAUUACUAGAACUUUAAAAAAGAGUGGAAGCACCCCCCUGAAAUUCCAUCGAAAGGAACGACUUCAUGUGGUUGCAAUAGCUGCUGGGAUGGUACAUAGCAUUGCUAUGACUGAAGAUGGAGCAUUAUUUUAUUGGGUUUCCUCAGAUCCUGAUCUUAGAUGCCAACAGUUAUAUUCGUUGUGUGGAAAGAAAAUGGUAAGCAUUUCUGCUGGCAAGUAUUGGGCUGCAGCUGCCACUGCUACAGGUGAUGUUUACAUGUGGGAUGGCAAGCAAAGUACAGACAAACGACCUGUUGCAACUCGGUUACAUGGCAUUAAGAGGGCUACUUCAGUUUCAGUUGGUGAGACUCAUCUUUUGACUAUUGGUUCUCUCUAUCACCCUGUCUAUCCUCCUAGCAUGCCCAAAAGUGACAAGGCACCAAAGUUGAAAGUCAAUGAUGAAGUGGAAGAAUUUGAUGAGGAAUGCAUGUUCGAUGAUUUAGAGUCAAGUAGCAUAACAUCUGCACAUAAAAAUGAUUCUGAGCAAAAGCCCAUACCAAGCUUAAAGAGUCUUUGUGAGAAAGUGGCAGCAGAGUGUCUAGUGGAGCCACGAAAUGCAAUUCAACUACUUGAAAUUGCAGAUUCCCUUGGAGCUGAUGAUUUGAAGAAGCAUUGUGAGGAUAUUAUUAUUCAUAACUUGGACUAUAUCUUAACAGUUUCAUCACAAGCUUUCGCCAGUGCAUCACCAGAUGUUUUAGCUAAUCUUGAGAAGUCAUUAGACUUGAGAUCAUCGGAGUCAUGGAGUUAUCGUCGGCUCCCCACUCAUACAGCUACCUUUCCAGUUAUCAUCAAUAGCGAAGAUGAGGAUAGUGAAAGAGAGGUUCUAAGGACCCGUAACAACAACAAGAAUAAGAAUCCUUUGGAAAAUGGAGACAGAUUGGACUCCUUUCUGCAACCGAAAGAUGAUCCUAAUCUUGGUAUUUCCAAACAAGUUCGAGCUUUAUGGAAGAAGUUGCAGCAGAUCGAGGUGCUUGAAGAGAAGCAGUUGAGUGGAUGCAUCCUUGAUGACCAGCAAAUUGCAAAGCUCCAAACAAGAGCAGCUCUUGAAAAUUCUCUUGCUGAGCUUGGUAUACCAGUUGAAAGAUCUCAUUUGAAAGGAUCAUGUUCAAUUCUCUCUGAUGGAAAAGGAAAUAAAAUGGCUGAGGUUUCAAGAAAGCAGCGGAGGAAGAGCAAACAAAGGGUAUCACAGGUGGAGACUGUAUCUGGUUUUUGUACAACUAACAAAGAACCAAACUCGGUGAAGGGUUUCUCUGAUGUUGAAAACCCCCAAGUUUUAAUGACCAAGGAAGAGAACCGUGGGUGUGAAGGAGCUACACAAAACCAAGCCUCCAUAGAGUCUAGGUUUUUUGUUCAGAAAAAGGACAGUUCAGUGCCUGCAAAAGAUAAGGGUACUUCACAAACAGCAACCAAGAAGAAGAAUAGGAAAGGUGGGCUUUCUAUGUUUCUGAGCGGUGCUCUUGAUGACUCCCCUAAACAAGUUACUCCCCUGGCACCAACACCUCGUAGUGAGGGUCCUGCAUGGGGUGGUGCUAAGGUUUCAAAGGGAUCUGCUUCACUUCGUGAAAUUCAGGAUGAGCAGAGCAAAAUACAGGUGAACCAGAAAACUGGAAGUAAAAAUCAGGUGGAAGAUCUUUUUGCUGGUAAAAGUGAAGGUAAAAUCCUGCUGAGUUCAUUUUUGCCAUCCAAGCCAAUUCCCGUGGUCUCUGUCCAAACAUCACAGGCAUCUGAUGCGGAAAGAAGCACGCCUCCUUGGGCUUCUUCUGGUACCCCGCCUCAUCUUUCUCGGCCAUCUCUCAGGGACAUUCAGAUGCAGCAGCAGGGAAAGCAACUGCACGGUCUUUCUCACAGUCCAAAGAUGAAAAUGUCCGGCUUUUCAGUAGCUUCAAGUCAGGGCUCGCCAUCUGACACCCCCGGGGUGAACCGCUGGUUCAAACCGGAGAUAGAAGCACCAUCUUCAAUUCGUUCAAUCCAGAUUGAAGAGAGGGCUAUUAAAGACCUUAAACGCUUCUACAGCAGCGUCAAAGUUGUGAAAAACCAGUCAUAAGAGGGGCCAAUUUGAUAGUUAGGUGUUUCAGGUGGCAGACACCAAGGCUUUUACUUUCUCCCCCCAAAUGGUUAAAUGUAAAUUUAACUGUAUAGAUUUUCUUGCUGUGCAUUUAACCUCUUUUUUUUUAGGUUAAUCUCAACAUAACCUCUCUUUUUUUUUUUUUAAAUCAUGGAAGAUCUUUAAGCUUUUCCUGAUCUAACUUUUGGAAAUAAUUUUCAUCUUUGGAAGCUGAAAAUUCUUAGGUGUUUAGCUCAUAGACUUUGUACAAUCAUAAAGUAAUAAAUUGUCUUUUAACAUUA